UUGAGAAGGCUUAAUCAAUUCAAUCAACCAUUUUCCUGCUACUCUUCUCUUCUCAGUAGUAGAUAUGGAAAACCAACAACACCGCCGUGAAUUGACCUCCACUAGCUCGGGCUUCUUCCUCCGUCAGAACUUGGAUCCAACAGACAAUCACGACUCCAGCCAUCGUCUUAACAUCAAAGAAAUGGAUUUCUUCUCUUCCGUUUCACUCGGUAAAUCUUUUGAGACUAGAAAUCACCACGCCCUAGAUCCUCAUGACAGGACGAUCAAUCACUAUGGAUCAUCAAGUGCUCCCUCAUCGGAUCGCCCGGUCAACACUGGACUGAAUUUGAACUGUGCAAGUCAUGGAAUGCCGAGAUUGGAAAACGAAGAGAAGAUCGACGCUGAAUCAAAAUUAAUCCAAAGGGAAUUGCGGAGACUGCAUGAAGAGAAUCAGAAGUUGAAGAACAUGCUGGAACAGAUCACGAAAGGCUAUAACCAACUGCAGGCACAUCUGUUAAUCGCUCUGCAUACACAAAAGGUGCAGAACGUUGAAGCAAAUGGGAUGUUGUCGGGGCAACAGGCAUUGGACCCACGGCAGUCCACCAAAUUAGACAUGAACAAUUCGGUUUCAGACGAUAUGACUCAGCAAGAGCUUUCAGUCUCUCCUUCAUCCAACAAUGCGGAGUUAAUGUCAAAGCAACGAGACCACCACUACCACCACCAAUCACCUAAACUUCCUGGAAAGCAAGCAACUUGUCCUGAAAAUAAUUCCAAGUCACAAGAUUCCAAGAGCGAAGAACAAAAGCCAGAUAUUCAUUUCAGAAAAGCCAGGGUUUCCGUGCGUGCAAGAUCAGAAGCCCUCAUGAUUAGCGAUGGAUGUCAAUGGAGGAAAUACGGUCAAAAAAUGGCCAAGGGUAACCCUUGUCCACGCUCCUACUAUCGCUGCACCAUGUCCGUUGGAUGCCCAGUUCGUAAGCAGGUGCAAAGAUGUGCCGAGGACAAGACGGUGCUGAUAACAACAUACGAAGGGAGUCACAGCCACCCUCUCCCACCGGCCGCCACUGCCAUGGCAAACACGACAUCUGCAGCGGCGGCGAUGCUUCUAUCAGGUUCAACGACGAACAACGAAGCCUUGACAAAUUCAGCCGGAGGGUACUUGUCCUCUAUGCCCUACUCUUCAAUGGCAACCCUAUCAGCCUCUGCACCGUUUCCUACGAUCACUCUGGACUUGACUCAGACCCCAAAAAGCGCGCAGCUUCACCGGAUGCCGUCCACUGGCAUGACGUUUCCUCUGGCAUUGCAGGGUUAUCCUCUGCAGCAAAUAGGGAAGUCAGUGCUGUCCCCUCAGAAGCUACCGGAGGUGCCUUCUUGUAUGGUGGAGACGGUGGGUGCAGCUAUUGCCUCUGAUCCGAACUUCACGGCAGCGCUGGCGGCAGCCAUUUCGUCAAUGUUUGGGAGUAAUUUGAAUGGCGAUGGAGGGAGUGGAAAUGGAAUUACCAUUCCUCACCUUAACGACGGGAUUUCUGUGUCGCCUCAGCUUCCUCCGUCCUGCACUACAUUCUCCACCAACUAGUUUGAUGAGCAGCAGAGCAAGGAUAUAUUAUACAGAUACACAUGUACAGAUAACAGAUCCAAGGGCGGAAUUAAACUAGCGCAAUUUUAUUACUUUGGAAAAUUUUUACAUGCAAGGACAAAAGUUAUAACAUA